AUGUCGGAUUUGGUGGAGCAAUGCCCUUUACCAGAGCUUGCGGAAGCUCUGAGACCGUAUAUUAGACCGCGCGAGGAAGUUGCUGAGAUUCGACGUGGCAUAGACUCACUCCUGAGCCAAUACGUCCAGGACGACAAUGUUCCUUUCUCAAGAGUGACAUUGUCUGUUGCGGAGACAUCUGCACAGUCUGCACUCAACAGUCCAUUCAAUGGCGCACGGAGAGCGUUCAUGCAAGCACUCAUCGCACGCCAGAAAGCACAGUCCCAGUACGACGCCUUGAAAGCCGAAUUAGAUCUCCUACAACAUACCCCUGGCAACAAGGAAGAUGACGAGAAGAAAGAGAACCCAGUUGCCGACACCGUAGCACUCAUCCGCCAGAGACAACGACGAGACAAACUUCUGGUCAUCGAAAAGGCACUGGACAAUCUGGAAAAGGUCAGGCACACUUCACGAUACGCGGACCCGAGCGAGCUGCUCAAUGGCAUGCAAUCUCAAAUNCCCCCUCCUCUUGCACAACAGUCCCAAGAAGAGUCGUUAGCAGAUGCGCAGGCGCAUGUCUUUGAGCUGCAAAAGGAUGUGCUGCGUGCCCAGAGCAUUAUUCAGUCAAAAGCGCAUGUCAAACCGCCUCAACAACCCGCCACAGAAGAUUGGAAACGCGCAUAUGCUCUACGACGAGCUCGAGAUGACUUGAUCGCUUGGAUCGAUGGCGAGCUUGCAAAGUUGUCCGAAGACGACGAGCAUGGAGACACCGAUCUGGACAUGCCAGGAGAUAGCGGAGUGGAGUCAUUGGACGAGGUCAAAUCAACUCUUCAGGAUCUUUACAGCAAAUACAUCACUUCGCGAGAACGUCUUGUUCAGGUUCUAAACACCCAGCACAAGGUCAAAUCCGACCCUGUCAAGCCUCUUCUCGAGAGACAACAAUCAACAAACAACAAUGAUGAAUCGAGUAAUGCUGCUCUUGCUUCCAAAGUACUACCUUUCAUUGGAAUCCUUCGAUCUACUGCUCAAGAAGAGGCAGCCUUGAUGCAGCACACUUCUUAUCUACGACGACAAAUCACAGCUGUUUCGUCUGAAACAGAGCAACUACUGGUCCGCCUGUCAGACGAGAGUCAUAUGGUCAGACCAGGUACUUCACAUACUGCUGCCUGGGCUGAAGCAGCGAGGGAUGCAAGAAACGGUGAUAAAGAUGUUGUUCAAUCUCGGCUGGUUACAGGGGAGACCAGUAUCGAUGGUGUACGGAAAGUAUUGGCUUCGGCACAGAUGAGCAGGUAG